AUGGGUGCAUUCCUUCUCCCUAUCAUCAAUAACCUUCUAGAGGAGGGAGUAGCAGCUAACGUAGGAGUUAGGGAACAGAGCCCUCAGGUCAUCGUAGUCUCGCCUACCCGUGAGUUGGCUAACCAGAUCAACAUCAACGCAAGAAAGUUUGCUCUCGAUUCUGCAAUUAAGAGUGUUGCUGUUUACGGAGGAACCUGCAUUGGUAUGCAAUUAAGAAACCUGAAGGCAGGAUGUAAUAUUAUCUCUGGAACUAUGGGACGGCUCCUUAGAUUUAUUGAAACUGGUAAAGUGCUCCUGGAUCAGGUGCAGUACGUUGUGCUGGAUGAGGCGGACCAGAUGCUUGACGAUGGGUUCGGCCCCGAUAUAGAGAAGCUGAUGAACAGCCCUGGUAUGCCUCCCAAGACCGAGCGUACUACUCUAAUGUUCUCUUAUGCACUAUCCUCAGCAGUUAUAGAACUCAGUAAGAAGUAUCAGAAAGAGGAUUGUUCUUAA